AUGCAUAGAUGCAGUAGCUCUCAGGGAAUGGGUCCAUGUUCAUGUGGCCUGUUUCAAUGCCAAAGCAACUGUUCCUGGCUAUUUUCCAUGCUCGACCACAGAUCUUGCGAUGAAACGAACAUGUACCCUUUCAUGUCUUCUUCAUCUUCAGUCGAUUGUACUCUCUCCUUGGGAACUCCAUCAACUCGUCUCUCCGAUGACGAUGACAAGCAAAUCCGCCAUGAACGUACCUCUGGUAAUCCUUGCAUGUCUAACUAUUGCUGGGACUUGUUCCAGAACAAGAACGCACCUUAUUCACACCAAACCGCCAAAGAUAGCCGCGGAAGCAAUGGGAAUAGCAGUAACAGCUCCGGCAAUGAUCCCCUCUUAACUCGCCGCUGUGCCAACUGCGACACCACUUCUACACCACUUUGGAGGAACGGGCCAAGAGGUCCAAAGUCACUUUGCAAUGCCUGUGGAAUCCGGUUCAAGAAAGAAGAAAGAAGAGCUAGCGCAGCAAAUGCAAACAACAACUCAUCAAUAGUGGAACAGCAACAUCAUGGCUAUUAUCACCCCAACAAUUCACGGGUUCAUCAUCAUCAGUCGCAGAACCAGAAAAUGCCAUGUUUCUCCCCUCUUAACGAAUUCAGGUUCAUUGAAGAUAGUGAUCGAGAUUCCGACACCGGCAUUCCUUACCUUUCUUGGAGACUGAACGUCACAGAUAGGCCAACAAGCCUUGUCCAUGACUUUACAAGAUAAA